AUGGUGCGGAGUACCGUGCGUGUGCGCGUGAGCACGCAGGCGCCAUUGCCGGCUGCGCAGUUUGUCGUGCCGGUGAGCGCGGGCGACGAGUCGCUCGAGGAUGUGCGGGGGCGUAUCCUAGCGUCGCUACGCCGCCACUAUCCGGCGCCGGUGCUCGACGACGUGGAAAAAAGCGGCUUGGCACUCUAUCUGGAUGGGUACGAGCUGCUCGACGAGUUUGGCACGGAGCUGCUCAAGGACGGCGAGGCCGUGAGAGUUGCCUAUCGCACGGACGAGGAUACGCGGCCGAGCAAGCGGCAGCGCCGUGAGUCGGAUGAUGUCAUGGCCGAGGCGAAUCGUAUUGCGCUGGCCAUCCGCACAGAGUGUGCGCCAGGCAAGAAGGAAAGCAAGAAAGAGAGAGUGGUGCCUGAUAUUCCAUUCCCAAUGAUGCCUAGUGGCCGCAUAGCGGCUGCUAUGGGUGCCUUUGAAGAGAAGAAGCGAGAGAUGGAAAUGGAUGGAGCAGAUGGGGGCUGGUUUGGGCAGCCGGUGGGGCUGGGAGAUGAGGACGAUAAGGACGAGGAAGAUGAAGAUGAUGACGAAGAGGACGACGACGAAAAGGAUGAGGUUGAUGGCAGAGAGGAAGAGAACGGCGACGGAGAGGACGACGACGAAGAGGAAAAAGACAACGACGAGGACAGCGACGAGGACGAUGGAAAAGACAAUUCGGGCUCUGACUCGGACGCAGUCUCUAGCUCGGAUUCUAGUUCGAAUUCGGACUCGGACUCUAGCUCUAACUCGGACUCCAAUUCGGACUCGGACUCGGACUCCAGUGCGAGCUCCAGUUCCGAUUCCGAUUCCGACUCGGACUCGGACUCGGACUCGGACUCUGGCUCUGGCUCUGGCUCUGGCUCUAGUGCGAGCUCUGAAUCUUCCUCCAGCUCCGACUCGGACUCAGACUCGGAUGCGCACUCUCCUGACGCACAUACCUACUUCAAAGACCAGGAUGCGUCGGACGACUCCGACGCCCCGAGCGUCGAAGAAGUGCACGCGAUUCUUGCAUCGCCCCGCCCUUCUUCUCCCCAAUACGUACCUCCUGGCCAAGGCAAGGCACGCACAAAGCGCAAGAACCAAAAGCGGCGUGAGCGCGAACGUGCAGGAGCCGACCAACUCCUUCCGCCUCCGCACGACCUUCCCUAUACGCAAGAAGUUACGCUUCCACCCGGCGGGGGCGCGCUCGACAUUCUCCCUGCGCCCGAGCCUGUUCCGAUCCCCGACCCUAUUGCAUCGGAGCCGCAGGACGCAAAGCUCGAGCAGAUUGCCGAGCGCAUGCUGGCGCGCACGACCGUCGGUCACCGCAAGCGCCGGAACCAGUCUACGGCGGCCCCUGCACUUGUGCAGCCCGCUGCAGCUCCAACUGCUGUUGCGCAGACGACUUCCACGACGCGGCGUGUCCCCCCGCCUUCGAUGCGUCCCCAGCACGAAAUUCCUCCUGGAAUGACCAUCAGCAGCACCGACUGCAAGGCGUGGUACAAUGCGCAAUGGGACGAAAGCGAAUCCGUCGAGACCGACGAAGCUACGCAAGCCUACAGCGAGAUGCAGCGCCAGGUGCGCCAUGCGCUGGAGCAAGAAAAGCGGCGUGAAGCCGAGGCCGACGAGAGUAUGGCGGUCGGCGACGAUACGCUCGACCCCCUGCGCGCCGCGCUCCCCCUCUCGUUUGGCCGGCCGGCCGAGCAAGCCGUCGACCAAGACCUUCAGCGGCAGUCCAUUCCUUCCGCCCCUGCGUCGGACGACCCCCCCGCCGAGCUGGACUAUGGCGCGCCUGAGCCGCUUCCCCCUCCGCCCGCCUCCACAGCCAACGGCUCGGUGCUGCGCCGCCUCCGUUCCUUGCAGGCGGCGGUUUUUGGCAGCACGUGA